CGAAUCCUGAAGUGUUUCUGAAGCUGCUCGUCACCAUGAACCUCAAAGCUUGCUUCUUUUUCGCGGCUCUGUUCGUGAGCUGCUUAACUGAUGAACUGACGCCGGAAGAAUGUGAGCCGCUGAUCAAGCCUUUGACGAUGGCCAUCGACGCAAAGAUGCACGGCAAAGUACACUUCCUCCUCGGCUACGCUGAUCAGGAGGAUUAUAAAAUUAUCAUGAACCUGACCGACAGCUACUGGGGAAACGUGACGGUGUCGCCGACCAACCAUAACGAACUCCUCAUCACUCAGAUGGACAAAAUAAAUGGAACUUGUCUUUUCUCGAAAAUGAAGUUGAAGUUCGAGGGAAGCACUGCAAGUGCGGCAUUACCCAACAUGACUCUGGACUACCAGUUUCUGCCUACCUGCGAUGGUUGUAUGCUCGCCCUCGUCAACAGCUCUGCUAAAAACCUAAGGAAAUUCUUAGCGGACAUGGAACUCAAACACACAACUGACGCCGACGAGAUCUAUGGCCGCGCCUUUUAUCUGAUGGCUAACGAGACGAUCGUGAAGGACUCGGUUCUGAAACAGUUCAAGAAGCAGGCGCACUGCCUCGGGUUCACCGGAGAACCGGACUUCCACUACAAUCCAGAGAAAAGCUUCUGUAAGGAAGGCGAAGGCAUCACGCUUCCAGACUUCUAAUGUGAGAACAAACCUGUUUGUCAGACACUGAGGAAGUCAAGAGCCAACAAGCAUCAUUAAGUAUUCUACGUGUGGUCUGUUUUCAUGAUGAUGUAAUAAAAUGCUUUAACACCGA